CGAACGAGGAAUGGAGCGCUUGGCGCAGUCGCACGCCCGACGACAGCACUGGCCCAUCAUGCCUGCGACAGGUCUGGAGCUGCAAACAAUUGCUCCAUUGAGAGAGGCGUGGCACCGACUCCUUGGUGAAAAUGCCAAGACCUGGUGGACGAAGGCGCAACAUGCGUACAGCGAACCACAGCGAGCUUAUCACACACUGCUCCACCUUGCCACCAUGUACGAUUUGUAUCACACACAUCGCGACGCCUUGGCAUUGGCGUCAUGGCAGCGCGUGUUUGUCCUGGCUAUCGUGUUUCAUGACAUUGUGUACGACCCGUUGUCUAAGACAAACGAGCUUGACAGCAUCUCUUCGUUUCGAAUGUUCGUCAGCGACGCCUGCCCUUCGAUGGGCUCUGAAGAAAUUGGUCUCGUGGAAGCCAUGAUCGAAGCGACAAUUCGACAUGAAAUGCCCGCGUCGUGCAACUCAGAUGCCGCUCGGCAUGUGAUCGGAUCUUUUCUUGACCUGGACUUAGCGAUUUUAAGCAGCACAAACGAUGUGUACGACGAGUACACCAAGCAAAUUCGGAUGGAAUACAUUGCGUAUAGCGAAGCUGAGUUUCAACAAGGUCGUGCCGCGGUCCUGAAGUCGUUCCUUCAUCGCGACAACCUCUACUUCACUCGGCGAUUCCAAGAUGAGUGGACAGCGGCUGCACGGGCCAACAUCGAGAGGGAACUGAAGAACCUGACGGGUUAAAUACCAUGUUUGGGCUGCGAGAUAGAGGACCCAUCAUGCCUCUUCUGUCUCAACGUGUCGCCCAAUGGCAUGGGAAGCUUCAUUGUGUACGCCUCCAUUUUCUCGGGGUGGAAAGUUAAUGAGCCCGCCUUAGUUUCUCG